AUGAUGGAAGUCGACGGGCGGGAGCCCCAGUGGGGCCCCAGCGACAGCUGCCGCUGCAGCAGCGACUGUACCGCAGCACCUGCGGCAUGCAGCAGCAGCGCGAGGAGCCAGAGCAGCAGCGACAGCAGCAGCAGCAGCAAGAGCAGCAGCAGCAGCAGCAGCAGCAGCAGCACGUUGGAAGAGACCACUGGUCCGGACUGCACGAUGCUGCAGCGCCUCAGCGACGACUUGCUGCUGUCCGUGCUGCUGCUGCUGCCCCCCCUCGAGCUGGCAGCUUCUAUUCCUUUGGUGUGUCGGCGGCUGCGUCGUGUGUCUGCAUGCAUGUACUUGUGGCAGCAGGUGCUGCGGCCUGCUGCAGCACGAGCGGGCAGCAGCAGCAGCAGCAGCAGCAGCAAGGCGGCCUCCAGGCACGCCUUCAUCGCGCAGUGCAGGGAGGAAGUGCAGCGGAAGAAGCUGCGGUCGCAGCUGCUGCAGCAGCAGCAGGAACAGCUGCUGCUGCUGCAGCAGCAACAGGAACAGCAGCAGCAGUGGUUCGGCACUCCCAAGAAGCGCCGACUCGACAGCAGCAGCAGCAGCAGCAGCAGCAGCGAGAUCGACGAGGCCCUCGUGCAGUUCGCGGAAAUGCAGGCUGCGAUGCAGCUGCAGGAGCAGCAGCAAGAGCGUCUGCAGCAGCAGCAGCAGCAGCAGCGGCUGCAGGAGCAGCAGCGGCUGCUGCACAAGGAGCGCAGCCCCGGCCAGCAGGCUUCUGAGCAGCAGCAGCAGCAGCAGCCCGCAGCAGCAGGCCGCGAGUCGCCGCCGCCGCCGCAGCCCGCCGCAGCAGCAGCCCCAGCAGCAGCAGCAGCAGCAGCAGCAGCAGCAGCAGCAGCAGCAGGCCACGUGUGCGCGGGCAGCCGCUGCAGCAUCGCUGCCGUGGGGGCAGACCUCUACCGCUGCGCGGAAAGCGGGCUGCUGCACUGCUGCGGCUGGGGCUGCAUGCGAAUGGAAGCAGCAGGAGAAGUGGGGUUUGUGGUUUGUCCAGUUUCUGGAAUAAUGAUGGACUUGGCUGGCUGCCAUGCUGCUGCUGCUGCUGCUGCAGCAGCAGAACAGGAGCUGCUGCGCCGGGGCGCGCUUUUGGGCGGCAGCAGCAGCGGCGCAGAGGCCGCUGCUGCUGCUGCUGCUGCUGCUGCUGCGGCCCAGAGGCGCCGCAGGGGAGCGGCGCUGCUCCGCGAACUCGCCGGCCUGCUGCAGCAGCAGCAAGCAGCAGCAGCAGCAGCAGCAGCAGACGAAGACGAAGAAGCCGAGGCUACAGAUCUUUUUGGCGAGUCCGCCAUGGCAACUCUGUGGUGCUGCGAGGGAGACAGGGGGAGGCAGGCAGACCGGUAA